AUAAGGACCAGGGUAGCUGGUAGAGGGCAGGUACUCAGAGACUUUGGUCCAGGCUGGGAGGCCACAGCUCCCACCCAGCAGAUACCCAAUCUUUGAGAUCAAAGACCCAACAACUUCCCAACUCAGUCCAGUUACCCCCACUAUUACUAUGUCGACUGGAGAGGAAGGAGCAGCUGCAGCCCCAAACCGGGGUCAAGAGCCCAAGUCUAAGUCCCAGACUCUGGGCAGCUUUCUAGGAAACUUGCCCCUCUUUGGCCCAGCACGAAACCUAUUUUCUUCUAGCUCAUCGAAAGAGGCUCGUGGGAACAUCAAGUCAGGGCCUAAUGCCCAACAGAAUGAACACACCUCUGGAAACCUGCCCAGGCUGGAGGAGAAACAACCAGGAAAGGAAAUGUCUGAGGCAAAGGAGGUAUGCUCACAGGUGACUGGGGGAAAAGACACAAUCACUCCUGGGGUGGCCAAUAUGGUGGAUAUGGCCAAGGGUAUGGUUCAAGGGAGUCUAGACGCCACCAAAUCAAUUGUGAGCAGCACCAAGAACACUGUCUGCAAGGGAGUCACUGGUGCUAUGGACACAGCAAAAGGGGCCACCCAAGCUUUUGCAACAGGGGUCAUCGAGGGAGGUGUGAACACUACAAAAACGGCUAUGUCUGGAACUAAGGACUUGGUGUGCAGUGGAGUAACAAGUGCAGUGAAUGUGGCUAAAGGAGCUGUCCAGAGUGGCUUGGAUACUACAAAAAACAUAGCAACUGGCACAAAGGACACUGUUUGCACUGGAGUCACUGCAGCAGUGAAUGUGGCCAAAGGAGCUGUCCAGGGAGGUCUAGACACCACAAAGUCAGUAGUGACUGGAACCAAGGACUCUGUUUGCACUGGAGUCACUGGAGCCAUGAAUGUGGCUAAAGGAGCCGUCCAGAGUGGCUUAAAUACUACACAAAACAUAGCAACUGGGACUAAGGACACUCUUUGCACUGGAGUCACUGGAGCCAUGAAUGUGGCCAAAGGAGCUGUCCAAGGAGGUCUGGACACUACAAAGUCAGUCUUAGGUGGGACCAAGGACACAGUUUUGUCUGGUGUCACUGGUGCCACAAAAGUAGCCAAAGGAGCCCUCCAGACUGGAUUGGACACCACACAAAAGAUAGCAACAGGCACUAAAGACACUGUCUGCAGUGGCGUGGCUGGCACAAUGAAUGUAGCCAAGGGAGUUAUCCAAGGAGGUCUAGAUACCUCAAAAUCAGUUUUAGGUGGAACCAAGGACACCGUCUUGUCUGGUGUCACUGGUGCUGCAAAUGUAGCCAAGGGAGCCCUCCAAACAGGCUUGGACACCACACAAAAAAUAGCAACAGGCACUAAAGACUCUGUUUGCACUGGAGUCACUGGAGCCGUGAAUGUGGCCAAAGGAGCUGUCCAAGGAGGUCUGGACACCACAAAGUCAGUCUUAGGUGGAACCAAGGACACAGUUUUGUCUGGUGUCACGGGUGCUACAAAUGUAGCCAAGGGAGCCCUCCAGACUGGAUUGGACGCCACACAAAAGAUAGCAACUGGCACAAAGGACACUGUAUGCACUGGAGUCACUGGCGCCAUGAAUGUGGCCAAAGGAGCUAUCCAGGGAGGUCUAGACACCACAAAGUCAGUUGUGACUGGAACCAAGGACUCUGUUUGCACUGGAGUCACUGGAGCCAUGAAUGUGGCUAAAGGAGCCGUCCAGAGUGGCUUAAAUACUACACAAAACAUAGCAACUGGGACUAAGGACACUCUUUGCACUGGAGUCACUGGAGCCAUGAAUGUGGCCAAAGGAGCUGUCCAAGGAGGUCUGGACACUACAAAGUCAGUCUUAGGUGGAACCAAGGACACAGUUUUGUCUGGUGUCACGGGUGCUACAAAUGUAGCCAAGGGAGCCCUCCAGACUGGACUGGACACCACACAAAAGAUAGCAACAGGCACUAAAGACACUGUUUGCAGUGGCAUGACUGGCACAAUGAAUGUAGCCAAGGGAGUUAUCCAGGGAGGUCUAGAUACCUCAAAAUCAGUUUUAGGUGGAACCAAGGACACCGUCUUGUCUGGUGUCACUGGUGCUGCAAAUGUAGCCAAGGGAGCUCUCCAAACAGGCUUGGACACCACACAAAAAAUAGCAACAGGCACUAAAGACUCUGUUUGCACUGGAGUCACUGGUGCUGUGAAUGUGGCUAAAGGAGUUGUUCAAGGAGGUGUGGACACUACAAAGUCAGUCUUAAGUGGAACCAAGGACACGUUUUUUUCUGGUGUCACCGGUGCUACAAAUGUAGCCAAGGGAGCCCUCCAAACAGGCUUGGACACCACACAAAAAAGAGCAACAGGCACUAAGGACACUCUUUGCACUGGAGUCACUGGAGCCAUGAAUGUGGCCAAAGGAGCUGUCCAAGGAGGUCUGGACACCACAAAGUCAGUCUUAGGUGGAACCAAGGACACUGUUUUGUCUAGUGUCACGGGUGCUACAAAUGUAGCCAAGGGAGCCCUCCAGACUGGAUUGGACACCACACAAAAGAUAGCAACAGGCACUAAGGACACUCUUUGCACUGGAGUCACUGGUGCCGUGAACGUGGCCAAAGGAGUUGUCCAAGGAGGUCUGGACACCACAAAGUCAGUCUUAGGUGGAACCAAGGACACUGUCUUAACAAGUGUUACUGGUGCCACAAAUGUAGCCAAGGGAGCCCUCCAAACAGGCUUGGACACCACACAAAAAAUAGCAACAGGAACUAAGGACACUCUUUGCACUGGAGUCACUGGAGCCAUGAAUGUGGCCAAAGGAGCUGUCCAAGGAGGACUGGACACUACAAAGUCAGUCUUAAGUGGAGCCAAAGACACUGUCUUGACUGGUGUUACUGGUGCCACAAAUGUAGCCAAGGGAGCCCUCCAGACUGGAUUGGACACCACACAAAAGAUAGCAACAGGCACUAAGGACACUCUCUGCACUGGAGUCACUGGUGCCAUGAAUGUGGCCAAAGGAACUGUCCAAGGAGGUCUGGACACUACAAAGUCAGUCUUAGGUGGAACCAAGGACACUGUUUUAACAAGUGUUACUGGUGCCACAAAUGUAGCCAAGGGAGCCCUCCAAACAGGUUUGGACACCACACAAAAAAUAGCAACAGGCACUAAAGACUCUGUUUGCACUGGAGUCACCGGAGCCAUGAAUGUGGCCAAAGGAGCUGUCCAAGGAGGUCUGGACACUACAAAGUCAGUCUUAGGUGGAACCAAGGACACAGUUUUGUCUGGUGUCACGGGUGCUACAAAUGUAGCCAAGGGAGCCCUCCAGACUGGACUGGACACCACACAAAAGAUAGCAACAGGCACUAAAGACACUGUUUGCAGUGGCAUGACUGGCACAAUGAAUGUAGCCAAGGGAGUUAUCCAGGGAGGUCUAGAUACCUCAAAAUCAGUUUUAGGUGGAACCAAGGACACAGUUUUGUCUGGUGUGAUGGGUGCUACAAACGUAGCCAAAGGAGCCCUCCAGACUGGAUUGGACACCACACAAAAGAUAGCAACAGGCACUAAGGACUCUGUUUGCAGUGGCAUGACUGGAACAAUGAAUGUUGCCAAGGGAGUUAUCCAGGGAGGUCUAGACACUUCAAAAUCAUUCUUAGGUGGAACCAAGGACACCAUCUUGUCUGGUGUCACUGGUGCUGCAAAUGUAGCCAAGGGAGCCCUCCAAACAGGUUUGGACACCACACAAAAAACAGCAACAGGCACUAAGGACACUCUUUGCACUGGAGUCACUGGAGCCAUGAAUGUGGCCAAAGGAGCUGUCCAAGGAGGUCUGGACACUACAAAAUCAGUCUUAGGUGGAACCAAGGACACCGUCUUGUCUGGUGUCACUGGUGCUGCAAAUGUAGCCAAGGGAGCCCUCCAAACAGGCUUGGACACCACACAAAACAUAGCAACUGGUACUAAAGAUACUGUCUGCACUGGUGUGACUGGCACAAUGAAUGCAGCCAAAGGAGUUAUCCAAGGAGGUCUAGAUACCUCAAAAUCAGUUUUAGGGGGAACCAAGGAUACCGUCUUAUCUGGUGUCACUGGUGCUGCAAAUGUAGCCAAGGGAGCCCUCCAAACAGGUUUGGACACCACACAAAAAAUAGCAACAGGCACUAAGGACACUCUUUGCACUGGAGUCACUGGAGCCAUGAAUGUGGCCAAAGGAGCUGUCCAAGGAGGUCUGGACACCACAAAGUCAGUCUUAGGUGGAACCAAGGACACUGUUUUAACAAGUGUUACUGGUGCCACAAAUGUAGCCAAGGGAGCCCUCCAAACAGGCUUGGACACCACACAAAAAAUAGCAACAGGCACUAAAGACUCUGUUUGCACUGGAGUCACUGGAGCCAUGAAUGUGGCCAAAGGAGCUGUCCAAGGAGGUCUGGACACUACAAAGUCAGUCUUAGGUGGAACCAAAGACACAGUUUUGUCUGGUGUCACGGGUGCUACAAAUGUAGCCAAGGGAGCCCUCCAGACUGGACUGGACACCACACAAAAGAUAGCAACAGGCACUAAAGACACUGUUUGCAGUGGCAUGACUGGCACAAUGAAUGUAGCCAAGGGAGUUAUCCAGGGAGGUCUAGAUACCUCAAAAUCAGUUUUAGGUGGAACCAAGGACACAGUUUUGUCUGGUGUGAUGGGUGCUACAAACGUAGCCAAAGGAGCCCUCCAGACUGGAUUGGACACCACACAAAAGAUAGCAACAGGCACUAAGGACUCUGUUUGCAGUGGCAUGACUGGAACAAUGAAUGUUGCCAAGGGAGUUAUCCAGGGAGGUCUAGACACUUCAAAAUCAUUCUUAGGUGGAACCAAGGACACCAUCUUGUCUGGUGUCACUGGUGCUGCAAAUGUAGCCAAGGGAGCCCUCCAAACAGGUUUGGACACCACACAAAAAACAGCAACAGGCACUAAGGACACUCUUUGCACUGGAGUCACUGGAGCCAUGAAUGUGGCCAAAGGAGCUGUCCAAGGAGGUCUGGACACUACAAAGUCAGUCUUAGGUGGAACCAAGGACACCGUCUUGUCUGGUGUCACUGGUGCUGCAAAUGUAGCCAAGGGAGCCCUCCAAACAGGCUUGGACACCACACAAAACAUAGCAACUGGUGCUAAAGAUACUGUCUGCACUGGUGUGACUGGCAUAAUGAAUGCAGCCAAAGGAGUUAUCCAAGGAGGUCUAGAUACCUCAAAAUCAGUUUUAGGGGGAACCAAGGAUACCGUCUUAUCUGGUGUCACUGGUGCUGCAAAUGUAGCCAAGGGAGCCCUCCAAACAGGCUUGGACACCACACAAAAAAUAGCAACAGGCACUAAGGACACUCUUUGCACUGGAGUCACUGGAGCCAUGAAUGUGGCCAAAGGAGCUGUCCAAGGAGGUCUAGACACCUCAAAAUCAGUCUUAAGUGGAACCAAGGACCCUGUUUACAGUGGUUUGACCAGUGCCAUGAAUGUGACCAAAGGAACUGUUCAGAGUGGCUUGAAUAUUACACAAGAUACAGCAAUUGGCACUAAGGACACUGUUUGCACUGGAGUCACAGGUGCAUUGAAUGUGACUGAAAGUGUUAUCCAGGGAGGACUGGACACCACAAAAUCCAUUGUGACUGGAACCAAGGACUCCAUCUGCAGUGGUGUGAUUGAUGCAGUGCAUGUGGCCAAAGGCACCAUUCACACUGGGUUGGACACCACCCAAUCAGUCACCACUGUCAACAACGAUGCUCUGUCUAGAGAAGUCUCCAGUGCAGUGGACUUGGCAAAGAGAGCUGUCUAUAGUGAUUUAGAAAACACCAAGGCAGCCACAACAGGCACCAAGGGCCUGGCCUCCAGUGUGAUGGGUUUUGCUAAAGGAGUCAUCCAGAGAGAAGUAAAUGCACCUGACAGCCCCAGCCUAGGAGAAGAGUCUGGUGUCACCCAUGGGGUGGCAGGCAACAUGGAAAACCUAGUGCCCAAGUCAGAGGAGCAGUUGGCUGCCUUCCUCCCCAUGAAUGAAGAAGAACAAGCUCAACUGGCUGCCUCUGAUCUUGGGCCAAAGAUGCUGUCCACAGACCAGAAGAACUACUUUGUGCAACUGGGAAACCUGUCUGCCAGCCUGCGCCAGCGGGCCUAUGAGCACACUCUAAACAAACUCCAGCAGAGCAAGGAGCAAGCCUCAGGGACCCUGGUCCAGCUGCAGGAGACCCUCAGACUAAUCGAAGAGGCCAAACGGGACACAGAGGAGAGCCAUGCCUGCAAAGAGGGGCUGGGUGGGAGGCAGUGCCAGGAGGAAACUGAACCAAUGGAGCUACCAGAGUGCAGGCUUCUCCCCAGGGCUCGAAGCCUAGUCCAACAGCUCCAUGCCAGCUACGGGACCCUGGCCACCAGCCUGCAGGGCCUCCCCACUGAGUUUCAGCAGGGGAUUCGGCAGGCACGCCACAGUGUUGGAGAGCUUCACGGUCUCCUUGCCAUCGCUCGCUCCUUCGGGGACUUGUCUGCCAUUGAGCUGGCCCAGAGUCGCGACAGCCUGAAUCAGACGUGGCAGGGGCUAGAGGGGCUGAUGGCGGGCCUGGCACGUGUGCCCCCACUCACCUGGCUGAUGGGGCCCUUCCCCCUCAUUAAGGAGUAGAAUGCCAGGAGGAGCUGCUCUUUUCCCCUCCCCAAGUGCUGAGCUUGGGAGUAAACCCAUGCUGUGCUUUAAGGACCGGCUGACCUUCCCUGAAUCUCACUCCUUCCCAACUCCUCCCUAGCCCUCUUACCCUCAGAGGCCUUCCUUCUCCUCUGGCCAGUUGCCCAGGGCCUGGCCCCGCCCCACUACAGGCUGAAGCUGAGGCCUGGGCUUAGGUCAGGGCCAUGCUGGCAUUGGGGAGCAGCUGCUGAAGAGAACGCCCUCCCAAGCUAAACUUAGUCUGGGCAACGCUCCAGCACAGAGGCUUGCCCCAUGCUCCUUCCCUUCCUCCUCACAAACAUCUCCCAUCCCACAGCCUCCUUUGAGGCACCAGAGCAAUCCCCUGCCCUAGGAGCUAGGGGUGAAAAGGGCAAGUCAGAGAACUCUGGGCCAAGGGUCUCAGACACACAGAAUUUCAGGAGGCAUCAUCUAGUUCAACCUCUACCCUUUUACACUAUCCUCUGACAAGGAGUCCUUCAGCCUCCAUUGAGGACCUCCAAGGAUGGGAAACUUACUCCGUUCCUGGGCCACCCAUUCCACUUUUGCAUGUCUCUUAUUGCUAGGUAUUUUGUAUUAGAUCUCCUAAGCAGAAGCCUUUGAGAUCAAGAAGUCAGCUGGGUGCAAAGUGAGGGAGACAGGGCCCCUUAGUCUCUGCUGGCCACACAGAGAUAAAUCUACCCUCCCAGGCUCCCAUCAGCUCAGGCUUCCAAGUAACAAAAACUAGUGAUAGUAUACAUCUGUAUAGCAUUUUUCACUUUACAAAGCACUUUACAAACAUUAUCUCCUUAUGACAACCCUGUGAGGUAGACUAUAUAAUGAGUACUCCCAUUUUAAAGAAACUGGAGGCCAAGAUCAGACAGGGAGUUAAUUAACAAGGCUGAGAUUAGAACCCAAGUCCUGAUUUGAAAUCCAGUGCCUUCCUCUAUGAUGUGUUCUCUCCCAUGUUUCCCUCCACUUCUCAUGGUCAGACCCAUGUAAGACCUCUCAGUCUCUGAACUGCAACCCCAAGGACAGGGUGAGACAGUCACAGAAUUCUGGAUUUGGAUUCAUGCCGAGAAUCCUCAUUACAUGUCCAAUCAGAGGGUCGCCCCCCAACCUCUGCUUAGUGACCUUCAGGGUGGGUC